AGUGGGGCGCCCGGGAGAGAACCCAGCUUGCUUGGGGUUUGGGGGAGGCGGUGGUGGCUCUGUAGAAGGAAGAAGAGUGGGGCGGGAGGAAGCAGUGGUGGCGAUCCGGCCAGGGUGAUGGUGCAGGUGCUGAGGGCCGGCGCGGAGCUGCCGCGCUGAGGGGCGACGGGUCCGGAGUCCGCAGCGCCGCCGCGUCGCUCCCGAGGACGGGCGAGCGGGCGGGAAGAUGCUGAGCAGGUUGAUGAGCGGCAGCAGCAGGAGUCUGGAGCGCGAGUACAGCUGCACCGUGCGGCUGCUGGACGACAGCGAGUACACCUGCACCAUCCAGAGAGAUGCCAAAGGCCAGUACCUGUUUGACCUCCUUUGCCACCACCUGAACCUACUUGAGAAAGACUACUUUGGGAUUCGUUUUGUGGACCCAGAUAAGCAGCGGCAUUGGUUGGAGUUUACAAAGUCAGUGGUGAAGCAGCUGAGAUCCCAGCCUCCGUUCACCAUGUGCUUCCGCGUGAAGUUUUACCCUGCCGACCCCGCCGCCCUGAAAGAGGAAAUCACCAGGUACUUAGUCUUCCUGCAGAUCAAAAGGGAUCUCUACCACGGCCGUCUUCUCUGUAAAACAUCGGAUGCCGCCUUGUUAGCAGCCUAUAUCCUUCAAGCCGAGAUUGGAGAUUAUGACCCGGGAAAGCACCCUGAAGGCUACAGCUCCAAGUUCCAAUUUUUCCCGAAACAUUCAGAGAAACUGGAAAAGAAAAUUGCUGAGAUUCACAAGACCGAACUCAGUGGUCAAACACCAGCAACAUCAGAGCUGAAUUUCUUAAGAAAGGCCCAGACGUUAGAGACCUACGGAGUGGACCCUCACCCAUGUAAGGAUGUGUCGGGAAAUGCUGCGUUUCUGGCCUUCACUCCUUUCGGGUUUGUUGUUCUUCAAGGAAAUAAGAGGGUCCACUUCAUUAAAUGGAAUGAGGUGACCAAGCUGAAAUUUGAAGGAAAGACUUUCUAUUUAUAUGUAAGUCAGAAAGAGGAAAAAAAGAUUAUUCUCACAUAUUUUGCCCCAACCCCAGAAGCCUGCAAGCACCUCUGGAAAUGUGGAAUUGAGAACCAAGCCUUCUACAAGCUGGAAAAGUCAAGCCAAGUCCGCACAGUGUCCAGCAGCAAUUUGUUCUUUAAGGGGAGCCGGUUCCGAUACAGUGGCCGGGUCGCAAAGGAAGUCAUGGAGUCAAGUGCCAAGAUCAAACGGGAGCCGCCAGAAAUACACAGAGCAGGGAUGGUCCCUAGCCGCAGCUGUCCUUCUAUAACCCAUGGCCCACGACUGAGCAGCGUCCCCAGGACACGAAGAAGAGCUGUGCACAUCUCUAUCAUGGAAGGCCUUGAGUCGCUACGAGACAGUGCCCAUUCCACACCAGUGCGGUCCUCUUCCCAUGGGGACACCUUCCUGCCUCACGUGAGAAGCAGCCGGGCAGACAGCAAUGAACGUGUCGCUGUGAUAGCGGAUGAGGCCUACAGCCCUGCAGACAGUGUGCUGCCCACCCCUGUAGCCGAGCACAGCCUGGAGCUGAUGCUGCUCUCCCGGCAGAUCAACGGGGCCACGUGCAGCAUUGAGGAGGAGAAGGAGUCGGAGGCCAGCACCCCGACUGCGACAGAGGCGGAGGCCCUGGGAGGAGAGCUGAGGGCCCUGUGUCAGGGGCACGGCGGGUCAGAGCAAGAACAGAGAGUGCAUCUGAAGGGACCACAGCUACAGCAGCAGCAGUGGAAGGGGUGGGGUAAGUCUGUCCCCUUAGACUAGAGCCUAGUGGACACCUGAGUUGUAUUUAAUGUUUUGCUUUUCUUUCUGAAGAACCUCAAGACUUUUAGUGCUUCUGGGGUGUCAAAGUGGUGCCAGAGUGUGCUGUCAGAGAUGUCCCACUGCACAGUUACCAGAGACCUGUGCUGAGUCACACGAGAGCCUGCAGAGCUGCAGGAAGCUGUGCUUGUCUUGUACAGUGUGCCCCUCCCCCCACACACAAAAAAAAGACUAUUUCAAGCUCUAUUUUAACAGCAAAAUGUUAUUUUCCUAUCUAUUCCUAUUUUGUUUUCACUUUAUGAAUCAAAAGAUGCGAGAGAGAGAGACAGAUCUGAGGAAGGCAUCGGGAAGGAGCAGCGGCCUUGGAAGGGACCAGGAAGCACUAAGCAGGACCUCUAAGCAAUGCCUACAGGUGACAGAAUUUGACCGUGGCAGAGACCAGCACUUACUAUAGGAAUGCCACCCUUAGGGUCAACCCCUGCUCCUGGAAACAAGGUCAAAGAGCACUUAGCAUCGUCCCUCACAGCAGCAUACGUGUACACACACACACACACACACACACACACACGAGCAGCAGUCCCCAAGCCUCUACACCUCUUACCACCAAUAACACACAAGAGCAUGUUUUCAUCUCAGGGAGACCACUAAGUCAUCUGAGGCCCAAGGGGCCCACUCCUGGGACCAGAGAACAGUGGAGCAGAGCAGCCCCAAAUGCAGAACAGAUUGGGCGGGUAGAAUAUUUGAGCUUCCCUUAUUUGUUGCCUGGGGUAAAACCAUGUCCACAUUCAGAAUAUGACAGCCAUUAAAAGCAACAACACCCAAAAACAAACAAAUGGGGUUUUGAAGAUGCUGGGAGGGCAUUUACAUAAUUUUAAAGAAAGAUGACAUCCUUAUCUAGACCAGAGGUCAACAAACCUCUUUUAAUAAAAUUUUGAUUUUGUGGACCAUGCUCUGCCACCCUAGCACGCCUCUGAUAAUGCAUGCAUAGAAGAACAUGGCUUGCUCUGAGAAAAUUUUAUAAAAACAUAGGGCUGAGGAUGUGUAGCUCAGAGGGUAAAGUAUUUUUUCUAACAUGUAUAAGGCCCUGGAUUUGACUUCGAACAAUACACAAAACCAGGUGUGGUAGCAUAUACCCGUGGUCCCAGCAUUCAGCAGGGAAAAAGGAAGAUCAGAAGUUUAAGGCAAUCCUCAGCCACAUAGUGAGUUAAGGCCAGUCUGGGAUACAUGAGAUGUCUGAGACCACUGGCUUCCCACUCCCUAAAAACAAACCUAAAGCUGCAAUAUGCUGAGAGACUGGUCCCCAGCAGUACGAUGCAAACCCUGGUCUACACAGGGCCAGCUUCCAUUGCUGUUUUGUGUAAGAUACCCAGAACCAUUUCCCAAUGGGGGCUUGGUGGGGUGCUCCAACAACCAACCAGCAGUGAUGUGUGUCAUCUGCUACCAAGAUCAAGAAGUACUGCCACUGUGAACAGCGGUGACACUUAAGAACGGGUCCAGGCCUAUCCGAUCAUUUCCGUACCAGCAACAAUUUGUGUGUGAGAUCUAAAACAUUUACCACAUGACAAGACAAACUGAGGGGAUCCUAGUAAAGACCAGAGGUCACUUAAAAGCAAUGAGCCACUGCCGCUUGUCAACUGCAUAACCAAGGUGUGUACUCAGCACAGGACUGACAGCAAAGGCUACUGGGAAAUAGGGCUGUGUGAAAUGGGAUUUCUAUUCUUAUGCAACAUAGCAGAUUGCCUUCUAGCGUGGUGCUCCUACCUCAGUCUGUAGAACACAGCGUCUAUGCAGUGAGUGGUAGUCUCGCCUCUGACCUUUCAUAGCCUCGAGAGAGGCAGCCUGCCAUUGCCUGGUGUGUUUCUUGUGUCUAGAGUCCUAACAGUGCUGCGAUCCGUGCCAUUUCCAACAUCUGACCCAGAACCUUCAGGUCAUUUUCUCCCUCAAGGCUUAGCCCAGAAAAUAAGGACAGAAAAGGCUCCCUUCGAUUUGGUUUCCAAAUAGUUUUCAAUAGUUCAGUAACAAACCCCCUUUACUGGUGACUAGUGUUUUUCAUCAUUUCCCCAUCAUUACAAAAGUUUCUGUUUUCAGUCUGGUUUUGCCAUGUUCUGUGUCUCUUCUUUCCUCUCAGAAUUAUUGAUCCCACUGUAGAAAAGCAGAUCUGCCUAGCAUUAUUGAUCAGAGGAAAUACUUACUGAAUAGUGGACUGCAUCUUUAAGCAGUAGAGGAUAAACUACCUACAAAUGUGAAUUUCUUAGUUUCAUUUAAAAGUAUACACCUGUUAACCUUUCGUGUGCCAAAUCUAAGUUACGUUUUCCUUCAAAGCAAUGUACUCUUUUCUACAUAUGUAGUAUGUAGUUAGCAUAAAAUCAUUGGUGCCAUGAAGAUUAUUUUUAAAUUCAAUAAAUAUUUAAAUACCGUAA